GUGAUUCUUCCUGUGGCCAGGGCCCGCUCAUCGGCUUUAGAUCAUCCGCUCCCCACAGAAACACAACACUGAUCCAAUAUAGUCGUGCAUACACACCGUUUAACAGCGUUCGCGUUGCGUGAAACACCAAGAGAAGCGCAUUUAUUCCGCCUACAGAUAACGGCAUAAAUCUAGCUGUAGUUAGCGGUGCGCGAUUCGAAUGCUCGCUCGUGCGCGCGCGCUCUGUCUCUCUCCUUCUCUGCUCCUGACGUCAGCGAGAUUGUCUGAGAGCGUCGAGCCCAGCGCGUUCUCUCUCCAUACUGACCCUCCAUUGUGAGCACGCUAACGAUGCCAGCGCUCGCAGCAGUCGCCGCCGCCGCCCAGUAGAGACCUCCCAGCCCGAGGACCGAGCACCACGACCCCGUUACACAGACCGAGAGCGCGCGCCAGAGACUUAUGUUCCAGCCCAACGUUGUCUUUUGCGGGAUUUAAUGCUCUAGCUAGUCGCCGACAGGGAGAGAGAGUGUGUGUGUGAGAGAGAGGGAUAGGGACAGCCAUAGAGAGGAAUAAGGAAGAAACACCGAGGAUAUUUCUCACCCGGACCAUUUUGGAGAUAAAAAGAGCCGAGGUUCAUCUAGCCAUGGGAUGUACACUGAGCGCAGAGGAAAGAGCGGCUCUGGACAGGAGCAAAGCCAUCGAGAAAAACCUCAAAGAAGACGGAAUCACUGCUGCUAAGGAUGUGAAAUUGCUCCUGCUAGGGGCCGGGGAAUCUGGGAAAAGUACCAUCGUGAAACAGAUGAAGAUUAUCCAUGAGGACGGUUUCUCUGGUGAUGAUGUGAAGCAGUACAAGCCAGUGGUCUACAGCAACACCAUCCAGUCUCUGGCUGCUAUCGUGCGUGCCAUGGACACACUGGGGCUGGAGUACGGAGACAAGGAGCGUAAAGCUGAUGCCAAGAUGGUCUGUGAUGUUGUGAGCCGUAUGGAGGAUACCGAGCCCUACUCUCCGGAGCUGCUGUCCGCCAUGAUCCGCCUGUGGUCUGAUUCAGGCAUCCAGGAGUGCUUCAGCCGUGCCCGCGAGUACCAGCUCAAUGACUCCGCCCAAUACUACUUAGACAGUUUAGAUCGGAUCGGUGCUCCAGACUACCAGCCCACAGAGCAGGACAUUCUGCGAACUCGAGUGAAGACCACCGGGAUUGUAGAAACCCACUUCACCUUCAAGAACCUGCACUUCAGGCUGUUUGAUGUGGGAGGUCAGAGGUCGGAGAGGAAGAAAUGGAUCCACUGCUUUGAGGACGUGACCGCCAUUAUCUUCUGUGUGGCUCUGAGUGGAUACGACCAGGUGCUCCAUGAAGACGAGACCACGAACCGCAUGCACGAGUCCAUGAAGCUGUUUGACAGCAUCUGCAACAACAAAUGGUUCACAAACACCUCCAUCAUUCUCUUUCUCAACAAGAAGGACAUAUUUGAGGAGAAAAUUAAGAAAUCUCCCUUAAGUAUCUGCUUCCCAGAGUACACAGGUUUGGACACGUUCACGGAAGCGGUGAACUACAUUCAAUCCCAGUACGAGAGUAAGAACAAGUCAGUUGACAAGGAGAUCUACUCGCACAUCACCUGUGCUACAGACACAGACAACAUUCAGUUUGUCUUCGACGCUGUCACUGAUGUCAUCAUCGCUAACAACCUGCGCUUCUGUGGUCUUUACUAACUCACAGUGAUGCUCAGCUCUUUUACAGCCCCACCAUACAGUGACAACUACUGUCGGAUAUGUGACAUUUUGUCUUUGUUUUAUACUUUUAAUUGUCUCCAUUGGUGUCCUUUUGAUGUCCUUUUAUAAGGUGAGAACUGACUCAAAUCUGGUAAUAGUUUUCACAGAGCUGUUCUUUAAUUUAUGUGCUAUAUUUUAACCGAAGGUCUGAACUCAACUAUUGAUUCAGGUACAUUGUUACAAAUACAGGAAUGUGCUUUGAAUGUCCUUCCUGACACCUUUCUGGUCUGUAAGAGAGAGGUCAGGAGAUAUUUUGAGGAAAAUUGUUGCCAAACUUCCACUACUUGCUACUUUUAUCCUAUUGUAACUGAGCUUGUAAAUUCAGACCUAUCCUCUCGUCCUUAUUGCACGGUAUGCAGAUUAAUGAUACCAGAUUCAAUGAGGUUAUAUGGCAAUAUUUUAAAUUAUGUUAGUGAUUAUGUAGGUGGCACUAUUAUGAUGUUCUAUACACACACUUUUUAGAUUAAUGCAUUUUGGAUAUGAAUUCCACGAAUAUUCACAAGCUGGCUCAUAUUACAUGUGUUCUGAGUUGGCAUCUCAGAGUGUUGAUGAAACACUAGGCUUGACAUUUACUUGGCAUUUAGAAGAGAGUGCAAAUGUCCGAUGCCCUGAGCCAAACCACAAAAAUGUUAGCCCCUUAGCAUUCUAAAAAAAAACAACAGGACGUGUUACUCUUCAAAAUUGGAUUUUGAACCUUUUAAACCAGACACCCAGGACAUUUCAAAGAUACAAAAUACACUGUAUGUCUUUUUAUUAGCUUUUUGUAUUGUGUUGAGAACAGAUGAAGCUGAUUUAUAACUACAUGAUAUCACAAUAUCAUAUUCAUCAGACUGAAAUUAAAUAACACACUAUAAACAGUAUAUAUACAGUAAUGGCCGAAAGUGUUGUCCGGCCUAGGGAAAUUGACAUCUUCAACCUUUAUUCAACGUAUUCAAAAUUUGUUAUAGAUUUUGUAAGCGUAUUGUGUAGUAGUGCUUGGAGUCUAUAGUUUUAUUUGUGAUGACACAAUGAAACAUGCCAAAUUGUGUGGACAUCAUUUUUUGGCAGGCUGUCAUACGAAGAAAUUAUGAACACAUUCAAAAUCAAGAGAGAACCAACAAAACUGACUAUUUUGUAGUCAAGGCAAGUUUAUUUAUAUAGCACAUUUCAUACACCAUGGUAACUCAAAGUGCUUUACAUAAAAGGGAAUUAAGAUAAUCAUAAAAUAAUCACAACAGACGCACAAGAAAUAAAAAUAUCAUGCAUAAGAAAUUAAAAGUAACAAUAAAAACAGAGAAUAAAAAUGAUUAAAAUUAUUUGGUCAAUAUGCUUUUUCCUGUUUUUUUUUUGGCAUAGUAAAAUAAAGCCUGUAGCUGAAGUUUUAUUUGCCAAAUAAUUUUGUCAGAUGAAUACCUUAACCAAGUUAAGUGUUUUAUUCUUCCCUUAUAUUUAAAAUAUUUAAAAAUAUAAAAUAUUUUCUUCACAUUUUGAUGGUUUGAUUGAACUUGUAGGGUCAUUAAAAACAAACCCCCAAACCAGUCCCCUCUGGACAUCACUUUUGGCCAUUACUGCAUUUAUACACUAACACAUAUAUAUAUAUAUAUUAGUGCUGUGAAUCAAUUAAAAAAAUUAACUAAUGUCACAUUUUUCUGUAAUUAAUCGCAAUUAACUUUAGGAUUUGUAAAAUAUUUUUAUAUUGUAAUACACAUUUUCACAUUGAAUCUCCAAAUUAAUGUAGAAUGAUCAUAAAGAUUGUAUAUAUUUGUUUAUUGACAUCUUUUUACUGAGUACCAUGAAUGAAAGCCAGUAUCACUGAUACCAGUACUGCUACUGAUGUCGCUAUUAAAUUGAUUUUUUUCUUAAUUUCUGGAGAUGAAAUAAGUAAUGAUAGCCAUUCAACAUUACAGUAUAAUUGAAAGCCAUAAUUUUUAACAUUAAUAAGCUUAAAUUAUAUUAAAUGUCACAUUUAAAUGUGCCUUUUAAUAUAUAUAUAUAUAUAUAUAUAUAUAUAUAUAUAUAUACUCAACAAAAAAAAAUUCAUGUCUGUAAUUAAUAAGUCUCUUAUGCUUACCACUGCUGCAUUUAUUUGAUCAAAAGUAAAAGCAGUAAUAUUGUGAAAUAUUAGCAAAAUUUGGAAAAAAAUGUUUUCUACUGUAAUACUAUUUUUUUUUUUUUCAGGUUACUUUGAUGAAUACAAAAGAACAGCAGUUAUUUAAAAAUUUUGUAUAACAAUGUAAAAUUCUUUACUGUCACUUUUGAUCAAUUUAAUGCAUUCUUGCUGAAUAAUAGUAUUAAUUCCUUUCAUAAAAAAUCGUACUGACCACAAACUUUUAAACGGUAUACACACACAUACAAAUAACACCAGAAUCACACACACCUGUAACAACUGGAGAAGUAUGCCUUAUAUCAGUAUGAUUGAAGUGAUCGAAGCACUGAGCUGUCUCACCACACAUUGCUGUUUUGUGUAAUUCAGUCUGUUUUAUUCUAUCCUGCUCGAUUAACUGCUCACAGUACGCAGUAAGGCUAGUCAUAUCAAGGGGUAAGACAGUUCUAACAAGAGCAACAAGCUGUGCUAUUAGUCAUUGCAGGAAUAUGACUAACAGGAACUGAAUGGACCGGAGCUAAAGAGACUGAUGAGCUGUUGCUUGCUCUAGAAUAGGCAAACACAUGCAUUGCAUUGAACUGAGGCCUUGACAAUUAGGCCUGCUUUGAGUCUUUGUGUAUGUGAAAAUACAGAUCUGUAAUUGACAAUAAUUCACAGUGCCAUAUAUGCCUUGGAUGUCUGCUGCUAUGGAUGUAUGUGUACAGCACUUUUAAUCUUCAUCUCUCUAAACGAUCACUUUAGUCAGUGUGUGUGAAUAAUACAGCAACUUUCAGGGAGGAUGACAACUUAAAAUGGCUUUUUAAAAAAAAAUAAUGUUUGAGUUAUUAAAUGUAAACAGAAAGAAUUUUCUUAAUUUUUUUUAAACUUGUGUAACAAAUUGGGGUUACACUUUAUUUUGAUGGUCCACUUUAGACAUUCUACUAACUGUAAGUAACUUUGCAACAACAUGUCAACUAAAUACAAAGUUCUGUCAUGAAACUCUAGAUGGCACAGGCUAAUAGGUCCUUUAACUCUACCUGCUCGUAAUCACAUCGUUAUAGGGCACAGCUGAUUGGUUCCUGCUGUAUCAGUAGCCAAUGAGCUUGCGUACUCAACCUUCAAAAUACUUGGGUAGCAUUUGCCUUAGCAGUGAAGCGGUGCAGAGUAUUAGACAGUCUACUAAUACUCUAGAGAAAGUUAGUUGACUUGUAUUUGCAAAGUUACUUAUAGUUAGUAGAAUGUCUAAAGUGGACUAUCAAAAUAAAGUGUUGGAAUUUGGCACCUGUAGUGCCAAUAAUGUUUGAGUCCAAUAAUGUUUUUUUUUUUUUUUUUUUAAUACCGAGACUCCCUCAGCCUUUUGCUUUGACUGCCUUUGGGGGGUUCAAGCUUAAUAAUUUGCACCCUGACUUCAGAAAACAUCAUAUUGUGUGACCUAUAAACAUCAGUCAGUUAUUACCUACUGUUAAUCUUUGAGAAAUGUGAUUGAAUCCAAUCAUUUGCUUCAGACAGCCAAAAGCACAGUGAUUCCUUUCAUAUAGAAAAGGCAAAACAGUAACCAAUUGUACAUUUGAUUUAAUUAGAUCAUAUAUGAGGGUUUCAUUGAUGUAAUGCAAAACAUGCCGAAUUGUGCCAACUAUUAUGUGUACUAUUAAGGCCAGUGUCAGUACUAAGCACUUUUCAGCCAUUGUUCAGGUCCAUUAUUGGUCAGUUUACACAUUAUUGGUCAGUGCAUAUAGUGACUUUCAUUCUAGAAGCCAAAAAAGAGCCUAAAGGGAAAGCACUUUUUAGUAAAGGCCUUUGACUUUAAUCCCAGUUUGGUCAGCCAUACUAUUUGGAUUAGUAUUUUAAAGAAUGUCAGGUAACAGGACGGAUGGAUGGCUAAUGUACAUCAAUUGUCAGCUCAGACACAUGGGUAAUUAGGUCAGUGGCCAAGGUAAAGAAACUCAAGGGUAAUUGAGUCUGUCCGUUGCUGAGGGACAAAGGCCAAUUUGUUCCCUGGCCUUUAGCCAUAGUACAAAUAGCUGUGAGUGAUAUAUAUUCAGAAUCCUUUCAUCAGACUGGCAAAUGUAAUAAGUUCAAGCGGUACGUUAUGCUAAUGUAGCAAAAUUUACUUAAAAUGGUACUUAUGUAUGAAAUAGUGCAUAGUAGUAUUUAAUUCAUAUUUGUUUCUGAUUAAAUACAGCAGGACCCGGCAGAAAGGGAGCCAUAUUCUCCCAUCAAACAUCUUACUGUAAUCCUACCAUCCAUCACUUUUUGUUUGUUUGUUGUUGUCAGAUUGCUGUAAUUAUUGUUUGUAUGUGUGUCUCACUGCUGUGAUUAUUUAUUGAACAAUGGAUGUCUAUUUAUAUGACAUGAAUGAAUAAAGUAGUCAUGAAAUCCGG